AUGUUUGGAUCGACUCAGACGGCGAAUAAUGCCGGGACCGGCGCGUUUGGCGCCAACACCGGGUUCGGAGGUGCCACGAAUACGGGCGGUUUCGGCGCUGGAACCGGGUCUACAGGGUUCAGUUUGGGUGGUAAUACUAACACGGGCUCUGGAUUCGGUGCUGCUGCUGGUGCGAACACUGGUGGCGGUUUGUUUGGUCAAAAUAAACCUGUUCAACAGACGGCGUCUCCUUUUGGCGCCCCAACUUCUACAGCCACUGGAAACACCGGAACUGGCCUGUUUGGCUCGAAUAAUGCUGCUGGUGCUGGAACUGGUACUGGGUUGUUUGGUUCAAACACUCAGGCUCAAUCGACUGGCGGUCUUUUUGGCACUAAACCUGCUGCUACCACUGGUACUGGCCUGUUUGGAAACAAUACUACAAAUACAGCUACCACUGGAACUGGUCUUUUCGGCCAACCACAACAGCAGCAGCAACAGCAACAGACGACGUCUCUGUUCGGUCAACCUCAGCAACAACAACAACCACAACAACAAGCUACAACGUCUUUAUUUGGAACUAAUACACAACAACAGCAACAACAGCCUCAACAGACGACGUCGUUGUUUGGACAGCCACAACAACAGCAGCAACAACAGCCUCAGACAUCGCUGUUUGGAGCAGCACCGGCUGCUACUACUGCUCAGAAACCACUGUUUGGCGGAUUAAACACUCCUGCUGCUCCAACAACCAGUACUGGAUUGUUUGGCAGUGCUACUAAUACUAGUACCACAGCCAGACCACUUUUUGGCGGCGGUUUGACUCAGCCUUCUACUGGAACCCCCAGUUUCGGUCUUGGCAGCUCAUUCCAAACACCACAACAGCAGCAGCAGCAACAACAACAAUUACAACAACCUACACAAGAAAUUACACUGUUAACACGACCUAGUGACUUGCCUGAAGCAGCUCAGAAAGAACUCGAGGCACUUAAUGAUUAUAUUACAUCGCAAGGACGAGUGUGUGAAGAGCUUAAAGCCAAUCAGGACUCUCAAGACGAGAUGAUUCGCAGUAUUCCACGAGACGUUGAGCUGCUGACCCGAAAACUCUCGACAACUAAAGAAGCUCUGAAAUACGACGACCGUGUUCUCACCAAUAUCAAGAAACUAGCCGAGACUGCUGUUCAUGACGCCGAGCUGUGUUUCCAACUUCUCGGCAAUAUCCGAGGACUUUCUGGAGGUCAGUCUCUUUUAUCGAACUCGACGUACGGUAACAAUCCAGCCGCCGGAGCUGCUAAGUUGGGAGGCCGUAAAGUCGACCAACUGGCCCCGUACUUCAACCACAAGAUCGAAGAGUUCGGCAACCGGCUCCACGAACUGGCUGCCAUUAUCACCGAAGUGGAAAAAGGCGUCGAUGCUGCCGAGCUCGACAGUGUCGACGGCUAUGCCAACGUCAACAAUAUCGUGGCCGCUUUACAAGAAGAGUACCAACUAUUUAUGAGUCUCGGCAACCGUGUGGCCGAGCUCCACCACGACGUCGGCCGUCUCGAGCAGCAGAAAAUGGCCUGA